UGGUGUCUCAACAUCAAUUACUAUAAAGUUGAGUGCAACUUUUCAUUGAUAGCAACUGAUGAUAGCUUCUCGGUUCUUUCUCUGUAGUGAAGUGAUACAACUUUUCAACUUCACAUUCCAUCCAUGGCUAAGGCUUCUAAUCAUGUUCAGCCAAGUCCAGUUCUGCCAAUCCAUUUCUUCAAGAUCAUUCUUAAGACUAGUCUUGAAAGGCUUAGAAUACCCAAAAGCUUUACAGAGAUGUACGAAGGUGAUUUAUCCAAUCCAGUGUUUUUAAAGGUUCCGGAUAGUACUAAAUGGGAAAUUCAUUGGACAAAACAGAAUGGUGAGGUUUGGUUUGAAAAGGGUUGGAAACAAUUUGCUCAAAAUUACUCUCUAGAUCAUGGGUACAUGGUGGUGUUUAAAUAUGAAGGGACUUCACAUUUUGAUGUGCUCAUUCUUGAUCAAAGUGCCUUAGCAAUACACUAUCCUUCUUGUGACAAAAACCUUGAUCAGGGGAACAAUGAAUCAGUUCAAUUCUUGGGGGAAACCACUGCACACCAAAAUGCUAUACCGGAACCUGCAAUGUUUUCUUCUCGAUCUUAUAAGAGAAUGAGAAAUGAUACACCUGUGAAUGUGGACAGAAAUUCCAAUAUGAGAAAGUUGCAGGCUGAAGCAGGUGAUGAAUCUGGUCAAGGGACAAAGUUUAACAAAACUAUUAAGCAUAAGCUGGAAGGUGUGAGGACUACUUUAAGCACUUUGUCCUUGAAUUGGCCCAAGACAAGUAGAGCUCUGGAAAUAGCCCUAAAUUUUGUCACAUCCAAUCCUUAUUUCACUGUGCUCAUAGUGCCAUCCCAUCUGGCAGAAAAUGCAGUGAAACAAGUACCGAAGUUCAUGGAUUACGUGAAUAGGAAGGAGAAUGUGAUUUUGCAGCUCGAAGAAAGAAGGUGGCCGGUGAAGUUUGUUUGUUUUCCUAAUACUCCUUAUCAUCGCCUCACUUGUGGUUGGUCUUUGUUUAUAAGGGAGAGUAAAUUGCAAGUUGGAGACAUUUGUGUGUUUGAGGUGAUUGACAGAGAAGUUCCAAAGUUGAAAGUUCAUGUCACAAAGGUUAACUAGUUAGUUUAUUCAUCCUCUAGGAGCUAUUGCUUUUUCUGAAUUUUGCAAGAAAUUGGACUUUACAUUUUGCUGUAGUUUUUGCCUUGAGAAAUUUAAAUUAUUUCCAAUGUUCGAAAAAAAAUGU